AUGCAGGGCUCGUUUCAGCGAUUCCGCGUGUCCAAGCGCACUCCACGAAAAGGACGCAAAUCCUCUACAGUGCCUGAGGAGGCCGUGUCGUCUGGCCAAGGAGAAGAAGAGCCUCGGCAAUCAACCCAGUCAGCCUGUCAGCGAUGUCGCCGGCUGAAGAAGAAAUGCACGCGAACCCGCGAAGGUGCGUGUAGUCUCUGUAUAGCCGCCUGGCUGCCUUGCUCGUAUCCUCAAGACUCCCAGGACCGUGAGAAGGGACUUCGUGAGCGUAUCUCGUGGCUGUCUGAGUACGUGAACAAGGCUCGCUCACCACACGCUGUUCCGGUGGAACUGGUUGAAACUGGAAAUGAUCUUACCACGGCACAGGCUUCUAAACCAUCGACAUCGGAUGCUAGGUAUGAGGAGAACCACGAGAACCUAGAGGGAAACCGAGUGACAACAAAGCCUGCUUCUGCAGGAACGACACCAUUCCUUGACAAGGUCACCGGUUGUCGUUUCGUAAAUGCAUAUUUCCGCCAUGUUCACCGGGCGUAUCCAUUCCUGGACCGCGAUAAAGUUCUCCGAGACACUGAUCUUAUUUAUGAAACCACAAAUAGAGUGCCUCCUGCUCUAGAAAUAUCCGAAUUCCCCACCCGGUUAAGCGUCAUCAUGGCCAUUGGGCGUACAACACUGCAGCGGGCAAAUGAACUUGGGGAUGCGGAUUGGAUGUCUAUCGAGAUUCCCGAAAAGGAAAUCGUCCACGAGUGCCUAUGCAAAAGCGACCUCGCCUCAGUAGAGAUCCUCACGCUCCUCGCUUUAUAUUCUCUGUUCGAGGCUAGCAGCAUUCCUCCUUGGGCAAUCACGGGCAUUCUCGCUCGUAAAGCCAUCUCAAUGGGUCUUACUCGGGACAAUAGCCUAGCUGGGAACAUUUCUCAGAUCGAGACGGAGCGUCGACGACGACUGUUCUGGUCAGUGUAUGUCUUGGACCGCAUGAUGAGCGUUUCAUAUGGUCUAGCACCUAGCAUCAGUGAAGACGAAAUCAACCUUUCUCUGCCAAGUAUCACCGUGCAGGAGUACGCAUCGGCUGAUCGCUAUUACUAUGCCAUGACAUUGCAAGUCAAUCGGCAUGUGGUGUCACUUCGACAACUAGAAGGGAAAAUUCUUCAAACCAUUCAUUUGGCAUCCUCGCAACAGCCGGUGCUUUUCAACCAAGGCAUGAUGGCCUCUCACAUCGACGACUUUCGUAGACAGAUAGAUGACUGGUAUACUCAGGGGUGUUUGCUGUCUAGCUCGGCACUGAAUGAUAACGACCAGGUUCCAUUUCACAACACCAUAACUUGGCACAACGCGCGGUAUCAAAAUCUUCUCAUCCUGCUGUAUAGUCCGUCGAAAUUCAAUUUCCAGCACUCUAUAGAGAGGCUUCCAGAACUGCAAGCAGCAGCACAAAAAUACGUGCAGUCCAGCCUGGUUUUGCAACAGCAGAAACACUUGCCGCUUAAUUGGAUUACUCUUUGCCGAUUCCUAACCAUGGGGGCUAUAUUUUUCCAUUGCUACGUGUGGCGCCUCAACCAGACAAAGCCCAUUAGCAGUGUGCAUCUCCAGGAAAGAAGAGGCUCUAUUUUGCCUGCCUCGUCCACUUCUCCGGGGCAGUCACUCGAUACAGAAGGUGUUCUGGCAGAAAUAACAAACGGCGUGGCUUUAUGCGCAAAAAUUCUUGAUUCAUUCCCAAAGAGCUGGCACACGGCGAAACAAGCAGCUGUGGUUUUUUGGCAGUUAGCAGAAUACAUUUCUGCGCAACACUCAGCUCCACAUAUACCAUUUGAAUCACCUUCAACGGAUGACAGUGCCCCAAUUAUUGACACCAUGACGCGGCAUUUUGACCCUGUCCUUGAUGCUAUAGACUUUUACAACGAUAUACAGCGUCCAUUGGCAACCGCUGGGGUAGAAAUACCUAGGAGCAAGAAACCACCGGUGCCCUUGCAGAUAAUUCGUAAUGAAAUUAUGCAAUUAAUCAAGACCAGCUUGGGGGAUACAAGUAUAUACGCCUAUGCAGUAGGAGAAAACGAAUCCACGAUAGGGCUGACUGCGGCGGAGCCGAAACUAUUCCCCUUCAACAACUCUGCAUCAACUACAGAUGAGCUGUUCCAGGGAUCCAACAUGUCCUUAGGGGCCGGGAUGAAUGGGUUAUGGUUAGAUGUCAUGGAUGACCUAUCCCUCGGGGUUCUCUGA